AUGCCGCAAAUCAGAAACAAGCUGUUACGUGGCUUGUACGCAGAGGCAGAAUUUGACAGAGAACAUGAUGAAGUGAAUGAGAUAGAAGCAGCCGUAAGGCACCUGGUUAACGAAAUCGCGGAGACAAUCAGCGAGAAAGAGCCACUUUUCAAUAAUACAGUAUUGCAGAGUGGAAGCUUUUAUGAAGACCUCAAAGUUGAGGGACCCAAUGAGUUUGAUUUUAUGCUUUGCUUGGAGAAUUUGUCGCAACCUGACGUAUGUGAGGUGAAGGAGAUUCCGUUUCGAUCAGUUCGGGAUCCAGGAUAUGUUCAUGUUCAAGUGAAAGACUCGGGCUUGCGACGUCGAUGGCAGGGAUACAUCUCAAAGAAAGAGAACCUAAAACCUAAACCUAUGCUGGAAAAGUUUCAAGCUCUGGUUAACGAUGCGCUUGUGGAGAAAAGAGAGCAUUUUCAUAAGAAGCUAUCGACAAAUUUUGAGGUAGAGCUUAGAAAAAUCCCUGUAACAUUGAAACUCGUCUGGAAUGGAACUAAGUACCAGAACUAUGAAAUAUCGGUGGAUUUAGUCCUGUGCAUCAGGAUGGCAGGAUGGCCGAACGAUUCCGAUGUGAACAAACGGUAUAACAGAUUUCAUCCCAGUUACGAGAUGAUUCGAAAUGCAACUCAAGACGGGUAUCAUCUCAUUGCGUCUUGCAUCGGAGAAUCAGGAAAACCCAGGCCUUGCUGGCGCUUAUCGUUUUCGAGAGCUGAGGGUAUUUUGCUACAACACCUCAGCGAAAUGUCACCACUCCUCGUACACAAGACAGCGGUCAAAAUCUUGAAAGUUCUGCGAAAGAAAAAUGAGUCUGAGCUCUGUCUUUACGAGGUGGAACCGGAUUUCAGUGAUCCUGAUGUUGUUCUAGAAUAUUUAGGAGUACCCGAAAGUUCGUAUGUAAUCACCUGGGCUUUCCAUUCAUACAUCUUGAAGACAAUGUUUCUACACGAAUGGUUUGAGUACCCCGAAGAUUCUCAUUGGACCCAAGAAAAACUUGCUCGACGAAUCCACAGUAUUCUAGAAAGAAUUUUCAAAAGCCUUUCAAAGAAGGAUAUUAGAAGCUUUUGGUUGCCGGAGUACAAACUAUUUAACUUUCGGGCAAGGCGACCAACCCGAACGAAGGCAUGCGAAGACAAACUUUCUUCACUGAUAACGAAUUUCGCAGCCCUCACAGUUUCAAAAAGCUAG